AAAUGACUUCUGCCUAUAAUAAUCGUGAAUUUGAAACAGCAAUCCAUCUCCCACCAUCAUCGGCGACGUUUCGGUUCGAGGUUAGUUGGGAAAGUGAAGUCGCACUUUAGGAUUACUGUGAACAAUGGCAACCGAAUUAUCUCCUUCUUUGGCCAUCCGUUCCUCCACCGGGGUCGAGGUAUGGAAGUCAUCUGGUUUUAAGGCACCAUUCGUUCCGGAAACGGCAUUUACUCGGGAUGAAAGCAAAUUGUGCCGUGCUAUUGUUUAUAGCCCUAAUGGUCGAUUUCUAGCGUGGGCAAACGGAUCUACAGUCCAGAUCUGUACCGCAGCCAACUGGAAGGUUCUGCAUCGGUUGCCCAGACCUAAAGCUUUCUAUCUGAAGUUCUCACCUCGCAGCACUUAUCUGAUGACAUGGGAAAUCUACACGGAAAAUCCAAAAGACGACAUCAAGGAAAAGCCAAAUCUAUUCCUAUACGAUGUAGCCAGCGGACAAGAGGUGUUCUCGGUCAUUCAGAAACGGCAUGCCGACUGGGAAAUGCAUUGGGCAGCAGAUGAGAGCUUGAUGGUGGUAAUGGUGGGAGGUGAGGUGUUGUUCUACGAAGUCAAACCUGAAGCACCAUUUCCGGAUAAACCGAUCAAACGACUCGUUCCACCAGGCUAUCGUUCUUCAGCACAAACCAAGGACAAGAGACAAAAUAAGAGCAAGAAACAAAACAAACCAAAUGAAGCCACUUCUAGUGCACCGAUUAAUACAAACAAUAAAUCUUCUAACGGUCAAUCCGGACAGUCUAAUCGAUCCUCAACUGCGGCUGGAACGAAGAACUCCGGAAAUAGCCAUGAGCGAAAAGCUCGACCGAAAACUGCUCCUGUUCUGAAUAGUACUCCUGGUGAAGAUGGUCAAACUGAUGCAGUCAAGAAAACACCCCAACUCAGCGGGGAUCCUGAGAAGGAUAAAAAAAUUAAGAACAUCAAAAAGAAGCUCAAAGAUAUAACACUUUUGAAGGAAAAAAACGAUCGUGGUGAUAAAUUGGAACAGAAUCAAAUCGCCAAGAUGAACUCUGAAGCUGAAUUGCUCAAGGAAUUAAAAGCCCUCAAAACAUCCUAAGUGUCUUACUCAGCAACAAAGCUGAUCUAGUAGCGAUAAACGAUCAUAUUGAGAGAUCGUAAUAACUUUUUGAUUCAAACUUCCACGAAUGCCAACAUUCUGAAAUUCCUGAAUUUAACUAGAACAGAACGAUCAGAUCCCUCAUUCAAUGACUCGGCUACAAAAAUUAAAACCAAAUUGUAUAAGAUCCCAUUCGGUGAGCAAGUAUAUAAUCAACAUCGAAACAAUACAAAUACGUUGUCAAAUAAAGACCUUUGAAAUCUAUGGAUUUCGAAUCAAA